AUGCCGGCGUAUUUUCAACGGCCAGAGAAUGCUCUGAAACGAGCGAACGAGUUUUUGGAGGUGGGCAAGAAACAGCCAGCCUUGGAUGUCUUGUACGAUGUCAUCAAGAGCAAGAAACAUCGAACAUGGCAGAAGAUCCACGAGCCCAUCAUGCUCAAAUACCUGGAGCUGUGCGUGGAUCUUCGCAAGAGUCAUCUGGCCAAGGAGGGUCUCUACCAGUACAAGAACAUCUGCCAACAGGUGAAUAUUAAAUCUCUGGAGGAUGUGGUCAGGGCUUACCUGAAGUUGGCAGAGGAGAAGACAGAGACGGCAAAGGAGGAGUCUCAGCAGAUGGUCCUGGACAUCGAGGAUCUGGACAAUAUCCAGACUCCUGAAAGUGUCCUCCUGAGUGCUGUGAGUGGAGAAGACACCCAGGAUCGUACUGAUCGUCUGCUGCUCACUCCCUGGGUGAAGUUCCUGUGGGAGUCUUACCGUCAGUGCCUGGACCUGCUGCGAAACAACUCCAAGGUGGAGCGCCUGUACCAUGACAUCGCCCAGCAAGCGUUCAAGUUCUGCCUUCAGUACACGCGCAAAGCUGAGUUCCGUAAGCUCUGUGACAACCUGCGCAUGCAUCUGGGCCAGAUCCAGCGCCACCACAACCAGAGCACCGCCAUCAACCUGAACAACCCUGAGAGCCAGUCUAUGCAUCUAGAGACACGUCUGGUGCAGCUGGACAGUGCCAUAAGCAUGGAGCUCUGGCAGGAAGCAUUUAAGGCUGUGGAGGACAUCCAUGGCCUGUUUGCUCUUUCCAAGAAGCCUCCUAAACCCCAGUUGAUGGCCAACUAUUACAACAAGGUCUCUACUGUCUUCUGGAAAUCUGGAAAUGCUCUUUUCCACGCCUGCACCCUCCACCGCCUCUAUCACCUCUCCAGAGAAAUGCGCAAGAAUCUCACCCAAGAGGAGAUGCAGAGGAUGUCCACCAGAGUCCUCCUGGCUACACUGUCCAUUCCCAUCACCCCUGAGCGCACUGAUAUUGCUCGGCUGCUGGAUAUGGAUGGGAUUAUUGUGGAAAAGCACCGCAGGCUGGCCACUCUCCUGGGCCUGCAGUCCCCGCCAACCCGCCAGAGCCUCAUCAACGACAUGGUGAGGUUUAAUCUGCUGCAGUAUGUCGUACCUGAAGUGAAAGAACUCUACAACUGGCUUGAGGUCGACUUCCAUCCUCUGAAGCUGAGUGGGAGAGUGACCAAGGUGUUGGACUGGGUGAGAGAUCAGGCUGAAAAGGAGUCUGACCUCCAGCAGUACGUUCCUCACCUGCAGAAUAAUACCAUCCUGAGACUCCUGCAGCAGGUGGCACAGAUCUAUCAGAGUAUCGAGUUCAGCCGUCUGGCUUCCCUGGUUCCAUUUGUGGACGCCUUCCAGCUGGAGCGCUCCAUUGUGGACGCAGCCCGUCACUGUGAUCUGCAGGUUCGAAUCGACCACAGCUCUCGAACGCUGAGUUUUGGUUCAGACCUGAACUACUCGACUAAAGAAGAUGCUCCGGUCGGGCCUUUCCUGCAGAACAUGCCUUCAGAACAGAUAAGGAACCAACUGACCGCCAUGUCCGCUUCUUUGGCCAAGGCCAUCCACGUCAUCAAGCCCACAUCCAUCCUGCAAGAGCGUGAGGAGAACCACCAGCAAGCCAUCGCUGCCUACCUGAAAAAUGCCCGCAAGGAUCACCAGCGCAUCCUGGCUCGUAGACAAACCAUCGAAGAGCGCAAGGAGCGUCUGGAGAGCCUGAACAUUCAGCGUGAAAAGGAGGAGCUGGAGCAGCGCGAGGCCGAGAUGCAGAAGGUCCGAAAGGCUGAGGAGGAGCGUCUGCGGCAGGAAGCCAAAGAGAGGGAGAAGGAGCGCAUCAUGCAGGAGCACGAGCAGAUUAAGAAGAAGACGGUCCGGGAACGACUGGAACAGAUCAAGAAGACUGAGCUGGGAGCCAAAGCCUUCAAGGAUAUCGACAUUGAGGACCUGGAGGAGCUGGACCCUGACUUCAUCAUGGCCAAACAGGUGGAACAGCUGGAGAAGGAGAAGAAGGAGCUUCAGGAGCGACUGAAGAACCAGGAGAAGAAGAUCGACUACUUUGAGAGGGCGAAACGGCUCGAGGAAAUUCCUCUUAUCAAAAAGGCUUAUGAAGAGCAGCGCAUCAAGGACAUGGAAUUAUGGGAGCUCCAGGAGGAGGAGAGGAUCAGUAACAUGAAAGUUGAGAGGGAGAAGGCUCUGGAGCACAAGAAGCGCAUGUCCAGGAUGAUGGAGGACAAAGAGAACUUUUUAUCUAAAAUAACAGCUGCUCGUAGUUUCAUUUAUGAGGAAAAACUGAAGGCAUUCGAAGAGCGCCUGGUCGAGGAGAGGAAGAAGCGUCUGGAGGAAAGAAAGAAGCAGCGCAAAGAGGACAGACGCAACGCCUUCUACCGCCAGAAAGAGGAGGAGGCUCAGCGCAUCCACGAGGAGCAGCUCAAGAAAGAACGUGAAGAGCGUGAACGCCAGGAACAAGAGCAGCGCGAGGAAGAGGAACGCGAAUAUCAGGAGCGUCUUCGUAAGCUUGAGGAGCAGGAGAGGAAGCAGCGCGCCCGUCAGCAGGAGAUCGAAGAGAGAGAACGCCGUCGUGAGGAGGAGAGGAGGGCGCCAGAGGAAAGACCAAAGGACUGGGGUGAUAAAGACGAAGGACCCAGAGAGGGAGGAUGGAGGAAGCGCACUGAAGGAGGUGACUCUGACUGGCGCCGUCCUGUGUCUGACAGGGAUUGGAGACAAGAGGGCCGUGAUGACGACAGAGAGGACAGGGAGGUGCCCUUCAGACGUGGGGACGGGCCCCGCAGAGACGACCGAGGUCCCCGCCGGGGCUUCGAUGACGACCGAGGCCCUCGUCGUGGCGGUGACGACGACCGUCCCAUGCGCAGGGGGAUGGACGACGACCGCCCGCGCAGAGGCUUCGACGACGACCGAGGUUCUCGUCGUGGCGGUGAUGACGACCGUCCCAUGCGCAGGGGAUUCGAUGACGACCGCCCGCGCAGAGGCUUCGAUGACGACAGAGGCCCCCGAAGAGGCAUGGACGACAGGCCUCCGAGGCGCGGGGCCGAUGACGACUGGGGCCCCAGAAGAGGAGGAGAUGACGAUAGAGGUGGAAGGAGAGGCAUGGAUGACGGGCCUCGUCGUGGCGGUGAUGACUCCAAACCAUGGAAGCCCCUCGGCAGACCUGGCGGUUGGCGUGAACGUGAAAAGGCCCGGGAGGAGAGUUGGGGACCACCCCGCGGCGACACUCACGAUGACGGAGAUGACGGCGAAGCAGAUGAGAGGCCCAGCUACAGAGACCGCCGCUCCAACAGAGACGAGGGGGGUUGGAGGAGAGGAGGCGACGACAGCAGCAGCUGGAGGGAUUCACGCCGAGAAGACACAGACCGAGACCGCGAUGACCGUCGUGACCGUGACGAUCGCCGUGACCGUGACGAUCGCCGUGACCGUCGGGACAGGGAUCGCAGGGAUGACCGCGAUCAUAGAGGCCCGUCGAGAGAACAAGAGGACGGCGGCGGUUCAUGGCGUCGCGGAGGUGACGAUAAGCGAGAGGAGCGGGACAGAGACCGACCCAGAGAGCGGGAACGUGAGCGGGACCGGGAUCGUGACGCCGACGGAGAAAAGGGCUGGCGUACCGAUAAAGAAAACCCACGGCGCACAAAGAACGAGACAGACGACGACGGAUGGACAACCGUCCGCCGCUGAGUCCCAUCAGCACCAAAGGCUCAUGUAAAGAUGACAUAUUAAACACAUACUCUCUAAUAUCUCAUCUGCCGUUCUGCUUCAGUGGUGAAUUAAAGGUUACAGGCUUCUGAUUGAUUCUUGUGCAUUUUCCCUUUUGAAUUAAGUAUUUGUAGACUGUAGUUUUCUCCUUUUACCUCCAGCAGUUUGAUGCAGAGGCCCAUCACCACUCAAAACACCAUAAAUUAACAAACUUGUGUGCACGUUCGGAUCUGUCCUGAUGCAGCCGGUGGCGUCGACCCAGGCGGCAAAAUGUACAGAUAGAGCCUUUAUUAACAAAUAAACAUGUUUGCUCCUCA